GUAAAAUCUAAAAUAUUUUCCGCCUCGUAAAAACCCCUCUCUCUUCUAUUAUUAUUUAUAUUAGCCCUUCGUCCCUCGCAUCAGAGAAGAUGUCAAACCAAUUACAGAGUUUUGGGGCCUUUUGGCUGCAGCAGCAGAGCUAGCCGGACAGUACUUUUACAGUGAUCCUCAUCCUCGGAGAAUACAGCAAGCAAUACUAGGAGGAGAAGAAAGUGGACUGUAAAGGCAAUUCAUACGGCUUUCUUUUUGUUGCCAUCAAUUGUAUAUCUACUUAUUAUCUUUAUGGAGUCCAAACAUACCAGGUGAAGAAAUUCCGUAGAAAGAGGAGAAGGCAGCCGAGUAUAUUAGACAAUAGAUCAUAGAGAGCGAAGCAGAGAAAGGAGGAGGAGCACUUGCCGAUUUGGGGGUUGGUUGGACUGACCGAAAAUGGUGGUUGGGUGGCGACGAGCGUUUUGCACAUCCAUUUCCCGAGAUCGAGAUUCCAAGCCUCCCAACGAGAGGGGGGUAGAAACGAAUAGCGUCAAUCCCAGCCCCAGGCUCGGCUCCAAAUUUGGAUUCUUCUCCAAUCCCUCCACUCCUCGACUGCAGUCGCAACCCGUCUCCAGCCCCAGCCUCCGCUGCCGGACUACCGGCACGGCAACAGUUCCGACGCCAUCAGUGCCAGAGAGCCCAAAGCUCCAAUGCAAGACCAAGAUCAGCUCCAAGUUGUCGCAACGCUCCAAUCCGUCGUCUCCUCGAUCGCCUUCGACUUUCUCUCUCUUCAGAUCGAGCUUCCGUCCCUCCAGAACUCGAUGCGGAAUAUGCUUGCAGAGCGUCAAGACAGGACAAGGCAUGGCCAUUUUCACGGCGGAGUGCUCCCAUGGUUUUCACUUCCCGUGCAUCGCCUCGCACGUGAAGAAGCAAGGCAGCCUCGUGUGCCCUGUUUGCGACUCCAACUGGAAAGAGUUGCCUGUGUUGACCACUCACGACCUGCGCAAUCCAGAAGCCAAAGAGAAGAAGCAAGAGCCAUCGCUGCUACCAGAUGUUAAGACGAAGGACAACGCAAAGCAAUAUGGAAGGAAUGUUCUCAAGGUUUACAAUGACGAUGAGCCAUUGAUGUCGCCUAAAUCGGUGGUUAGGUUUAAUCCAAUACCUGAAUCUGACGAAAAUGAGGACGGCGACAAGGAAAGUGAAGAAUUUCAAGGAUUUUUCAUAAAUGCGAAUGCAAGUUUAAUUAGACAGCCGAGUUUGAGUUGCAGAAGGAAUGUGGACGUGAUGCUGUUGCCGGAGGCGGCGGUGAUAUCGGUUGGGCAGAGGUACGACACGUACGCGGUAGUUCUAAAAGUCAGAGCUCCACCGGCGCCGGCGAAGAAUGCGCACCGCGUUCCGAUUGAUUUGGUCACGGUGCUUGAUGUAAGCGCGAAUAUGACGCCUGAGAAAGUACAGAUGAUGAAGCGCGCGAUGCGAUUGGUAGUGUCGUCUCUCUCCUCCGCCGAUCGUCUCUCCAUUGUCGCAUUUGCUGCUACAUCCAAGCGGUUGUUGCCGCUCAAGAGGAUGACCGCCAGCGGCCGGCUAUCGGCGCGUCGCAUCAUUGACGCGGUUGUCUCCAGUCAUGGCACAUCGAGCGCCGGCGACGCGGUUAAGAAGGCUGCAAAGGUGCUUGAAGAUCGCCGGGAGAAAAAUCCGGUGGCCAGCAUUAUGCUCUUAUCCGAUGGAAAGGAUGGAAAGGCCUCCACCACCGCUGCCACCGCCAAGUUGAGACGCCAAUCAUCAGAAGUCUCCACCACGCGCUUCUCUCAUCUUGAGAUCCCUGUACAUUCGAUUGGAGUCGGCUACGAACGCGCGUACGGCGACUCUCGUUCGGACGACGGCUUCGCGAAAUCAGUCGGCGGUUUAUUAAGCGUCGUCCUUCAGGAUCUCCGGCUGGAGCUAGGGUUUGCUUCCGGUUCAGCUCCGGCGGAGGUUGUGGCCGUCUACUCGUGCUCCGGUCGGCCAGCAGCUCUUGGAUCCGGUUCGAUCCGGCUCGGAGAUCUAUACGCGGAAGAAGAGAGGGAACUUCUAAUCGAAUUGAAAGUUCCGUCGUCUUGUGGUGGGACCCAGAAAGUACUGUCCGUGAGAUGCUUCCACAAGGACCCGUCAACUCAAGAGCUCAUCCACGGGAAAGAGCAAGCUCUGUUGGUGCCGCAGCCCCACGCCAUCCGAUCAUCCAACCCCAGCAUCCAACGGCUCAGGAGCCUCUUCGUCUCGAUCCGCGCCGUGACCGAGUCCCGGCGGAUGAUGGAGCGCAACGACCUCGCGGGGGCGCACCGGAUGCUCUCCUCGGCUAGAGCGCUGCUCAUUCAGUCGAAGUCGGCCUCGGCUGACGAGUAUAUCCGCAGCUUGGAAGCCGAGUUGUGGGAGCUUCGGCGGCGGCGGCAGAAGCAGAUGGAUGAGAUCCAACGGCGGAGGACGGAUACGACGGAGCGGGAGGUGGCGGCUGCUGCUGUUCUGGUGGAUGAGAAGGGAGAGCCGCUUACGCCGACGUCGGCUUGGAGAGCCGCGGAGAGACUGGCUAAAGUCGCUAUCAUGAGGAAGUCGUUGAACAGAGUUAGCGACUUGCACGGCUUCGAAAAUGCCAGAUUCUGAGAAAAAAGAAAAUAGUUCUUUUUGGAUAAAUCCC